AUGGCUCGCCCUCAACCGACGACGACAACAACAACCACCACCCUGAGGCGAGAACCAUCACAACGUUCUUCGGUACAUAGCAUGAGAAGCCCCUUUCCCCUGUUGCUGUCCCCGGCCCUCCCAGCAGGAUCAGCAUCCAAAUCCAGCAGCACAUAUCAUCAUCCCUCGACAAGUGCAAGUACAAGUCCACGUCCACGUCCCAGCCCGGAUCACAGGGCGACCUCUGGGACCAUGCCCAUGCCCAUGCCCAUGCCGCUGCGCACAUCCGAGCACAAACACGGCGUGACUCGCAGACCGUCUAACAACCACCUCGGCCUGAGCCUUCCACUCCCUGAGAUUCAGAGGGUGCAUCAUCACCGCGACACACCCAUAUACAGCGAGCCGGGGGCGCCACUCCCUGGCCGAGCAUACUAUACAGACAAUCGUGCCUGCUACAACUGCUCGCUCCUAUCGGCGUCGGAUUAUGACAAGACGUGCUGCACCUUCCAUGACGACGAUCAUCCGAAGAGGUCCCUGGCGACGGAGAAGCACGACGACGAGUUCGCUAGUCAGUCCAACACCGUGGGUGGUAACAACAUCUCACGCGUGUCCUACUUCAGCAAUGUGACGGACAUUCCGCGCAGCUCAUGCCUCUCGUUCCAGUGCUCGGGCGAGCUGUUCCCCAAGGAGGGAGAAUGGCUGAGCAGUUCCCUCCCCGACUCACCUAAACCGUCGCCAAUCGGCCGCUCUUCUGGCGGAAGACCUCUAGAACACCACGUCGAAAGCUGGCUCAGCGAUACGAGCGAACUGUACGUGGGAUGCGAUAUUCUGGCCCGAGCGACGAUUCUCUCCCCCGGCCGAGCCCAGGUCAUCGAGGUCAACCGCAGUGACCUGCACCUGUCAGGAACUACCAUCCCCCCGCGCGUCUCCUCCCUGAGCCCACCGCCCUCCUAUCCCGGGGACGGCGACAGCUGGGCCUCUUGCUCCGACAGCUCGCCCGACACGCCAUGCGGUGAAUGGGAAUUUGACGACAACCGCUUUUCACGUCAACAACAACCACGUGACCCCCCGCGCAUCUCCCCCCGCGGCCGUCAUCACGAUCUUGCCAUGGCGAGCCCGCCCAUGUCGCCAAUAGUUACCCUCGACCCCCCAGCUGCUGCUGCUUCUCGAUUCUCGAUCGUGGGCGCCGGAACCGGGAGGCACGUGAUUGAUGCCCCUCUCGCUUCGCGGUGGUCGCUCCAGUCUGCCGCGACCGCGCCUAAGUCCGACCUGGAAAUUAUUUCUGAGCUCGAAGCAGCCGUCUCGGGGUUUGCAUCGACGAUGCUCGGUCUUGACACGCCCUGCAUCGCCACGAUCCGUGUCCAUCUCGCCCACUCCCGCUCUCCGCGAGCUUCUCAACAAGCCACCGAAUGCCAGCAGGUCAAGAACUUCUCACGGCCCCGUCGCCCAGUACAGCUCACAACCUCGCGCAGCUCGCCCAUGAUGAGCACUGAUACCAUGCGGCGCGAGUCCAUUCAAUCAUCGACCGCACCCAUCGGCCCAACCAGCGAUUGGCGCUCAUGCUCCUCGUUCGGCUCUCUCCCUCCUGCCCAGUCACCGACACCGCCACCCACACCAGACCUCGAGGCGCUGCACCGAAUAUUUCCCGACAGCGCCUCGUUCGUCCGCCGAGCGCUCUACGCGCACAUCCUCGCCUACACGUUCCUCGCCUCCUUUCCUGACCCUCCUGCUGCUAGCUCGCCGCCGGGAUGGCGGAGGAGGGGAUCGCCGUACUGGUCCAACUCGCGCAAAUUAUCCGCACAGCACACGUCGAAGUUUGCGAGCGACUCCACCAUGCAGCUGCGGGCCGCGAGUCUGAAGGCCGGGCUGCGCAAGAGCAUCUUCAGACUCAUGACCAUCAUGGGCUCCGGUGCCGGGGGCGUCGAUGUGCUGCUGCGGGCUGUGGUGGAAGUCGUCCGCACAUCCGAGGUGCAGGCGUUCGCCUCGACGAGGAACGUAAUUUAA